AUGCACGCGCUGCGGGGCACUCUGUGCCCGUCGUCCGCGCAGGCUCGGGGCGCUGGGCUCGGCCCGGCGGGUCACCCGGCCGCGGCGCCGGUCGCGCGCCCAUACGGAGGAAAGAAGGCGGCUGUUUGGCGCUCCUCGGGCUGCGCGACCGCGCCUAGGGUGUCUGCCCGCGACCCUCCACAGGCCCCAAGUGCUUCGAGCAAUGGCGACUCCGCCGUGUCCCUGCUCGGGCUCGGCGAGGACCUGGACUUCUCGCCGGUGCAGCCCGUGACGGUGGGGGAGAUCGCGAAGCCCGUGCAGGCCGAGCUGGACCGCGUGAACGAGGAAAUCAGGACGGUGGUGGGCAAGCGGCAUCCGAUGCUCCUGGCGGCCGCGGACCAGAUCUUCGGCGCCGGCGGGAAGAAGAUUAGGCCCAUCCUCGCGCUGCUGACGGCGCAGGCCACGCAGGCCGCGGUUGGAAACAGCGAGAUCACGGACCGCCAGCGCCGUCUGGCGAUGGUGAUCGAGAUGAUCCACGUCGCGUCGCUGGUGCACGACGACGUGCUGGACGAGUGCGACAUUCGGCGCGGCGCGGCGACGGUCAACACCAUGUUCGGGAGCAAGGUGGCCGUGCUGGUGGGGGACUUUCUGUUCGCGCAGAGCUCGUGGUACCUCGCGAACCUGGACAACCUGGAGGUGAUCAAGCUCAUCUCGCAGGUCAUCGCCGACUUUGCCGACGGCGAGAUCUCGCAGGCGGCCUCGCUGUACAACAUGGACAUGACGCUCGACAAGUACAUCGACAAGUCGUUCUACAAGACCGCGAGCCUCAUCGCCGCGUCGUGCCGGUCCGCGGCGGCGCUCACGGGCACGGACGACGCCAUGAAGGCCGACAUGUACGCCUACGGCAAGCACCUCGGGCUGGCCUUCCAGGUCGUGGACGACAUCCUCGACAUCACGCAGUCCGCGGAGCAGCUCGGGAAGCCGCAGGGGCAGGACCUCGCGUCGGGCAACAUCACCGCGCCCAUCAUCUACGCACUCCAGGCCCCCGGCGGCGACGAGCUGCGCGAGCUCAUCGAGGGGCGCUUCGACGAACCCGGGUCGCUCGAGCGCGGCAUCGAGCUCGUGCAGGACCUGGGCGGCAUCGACGCCGCCCGCGCGCUCGCCCGCGAGGAGGGCCGCAAGGCUGUCGCGGCGCUCGCGGGGCUGCCCAUGACGCCCGCGAAGGAGUCGCUCGUGAAGACGGUCGACUACGUCCUCGACCGCCUGCACUAG